CCGACAUCGCCGCCUCUGCUCCCGCGAGGACCCUGCGCGGCUGCGCGGCACCGGCUGCACCCUUGCCAGCCCGACCGGUUGCGGGAUCGUGUAUGCCCUCUUCCGCAUGUCCAACGGCAAGCUGCUCGUGCCGGGCGAGCGCGGGCUCGUUGGAGCAAGCGCCAGCGCCGAGGCCGGCGCCGCGCCGCUCGAGGCGGCGGCGUGGCGCCUGAUCGAGGUGGAGGGCUCGUGGUCGCGCGGUGGCUGGGUCCAGCUGCGGCACGUGCUCAGCGGUGCCUUUCUGCGGCUGGUCCCGCCGCCGCACCCUCUCCAGUGGACGUUCAGCGUGGACGGUCAGCCGGCCUCGCACGCCUCGCUCUUCCAGCUCGAGUGCGACAAGCCGCCUUGCGACGGCUCCGCGCCCGUGCACCUGCGUGUGCACCCGGACGCCACCGGCGCGCGCCUCAACUACAGAGGCGACGCGCCGCGCCGCCGCGCGUGCUACGCUCCGUGCGCCUCGCCGGCCGACGGGGAGGAGAGCUCGCUGCGCGCGUCGCCUGCCUGGGACGACCUCUGCGCCGACGUCUACGCGCAGCCCGUCUGCGAGGCAAUCGCGCGCCGGCUUCCAUGA